AUGAGGGCUGCAAAUUUGCUUUUGUGUUUGGCGUUCCUUUCUCAGCUGGAUGCCCCUGAGCACCACAAUGAUUUUGUUGAAGUAUGCGCUGGAUGUGGAUCACUGAGCAGAGCGAUGCGAAACACCGGAUAUGAAGGGAAGGAAUUUGACAUUUUGUAUUCUGGAAAUCACAAUCUCAUGCGCACCGUUGGCUUUCUGACCAUACUGGCGGCUGUAUGGAACACCCGUCCUGGUGGUGUACUUGUAUUCGCUCCUCCUUGUGCGAGUUGGAUAUUCCUGUCACGGGUCUGGUCUACAUUGGACACCAUCCACUCCUUGUGGCGCCCGCUGGAUGUGAAGAAGACAGGUCAGCCACUUUUAGUGAAGAAGACGGUCUCGAAGAGGGGCCGAAAGGGGGUGACUGGUCAGAAGAGGAGUUUGCAGAUGUCGGCCAGCUACCCCCUGUCAUUCGGGCUGGCAGUAGCCAACCUGAUUGCUCCGACUGGGGUUCCACACCAGCAGCCGGAGAUUGAGAUUGGGGAUGAUGAUCCGGAUUUCUUCGACGAUGGAGCCAUAGAUGAUUUGAUUAAGGGUCGCAAGUUUGCUGCAUGGCGCCGUCUCUGA